GUAGGGUUCUGUUGUACCACUGUAUUUCAGGUAGGGUUCUGUUGUACUACUGUAUUUCAGGUAGGGUUCUGUUGUACCACUGUAUGUCAGGUAGGGCUCUGUUGUACCACAGUACGUCAGGUAGGGCUCUGUUGUACCACUUUAUGUCAGGUAUAGUUCUGUUGUACCACUGUAUGUCAUGUAUGGUUCUGUUGUACCAAUGUAUGUCAGGUAGGGUUCUGUUGUACCACUGUAUUUCAGGUAGGGUUCUGUUGUACCACUGUAUUUCAGGUAGGGUUCUGUUGUACCACUGUAUUUCAGGUAGGGUUCUGUUGUACCACUGUAUGUCAGAUAGGGUUCUGUUGUACCACA